GGUGCAGAAUAAUAUGAAUUCAUUUUAUUUCGUUAGGUUCUCAUCAGCUGCUUACAACCUAAAUUAUUUGAAAUUCAAAUUAUUACAUAUAUUGACAUAUUUAUACAUAAGAGUGUUAUUAAGGAUCAAUACAUGUGUAUCAUGUUGUAGCAAAGAUUCAAAUAGAGUUAAUGAGCUCAUAAAAUGUUUGAUUCGAAUAAAUAAAUAAAGUUAGAGAGGGAACGUUCCAGAACAUUGAAAUAGUGAUUAGAACUCAUGAAAAUAGAAUAAUGGUAAUAAAGAAAAUAUGAAUUGAAAUCAAUCAUUUAUGUAUGAUGUAAUUUAAAAGAGUUAGAGUAAUGACGCAAUAAAUAAAUAAAUAGGAGCAAAUGAAUAGAAAGAGUGGGGGUUAUUGUUACCAGGGUAAAGAAUGAUUUAUUACUGUCUCUUUUUGUAUACAUAGAUCUGGUUUUAAACGUUUGAUUGCUAUUGCUUCAGCAAAUUUUAAAAGGUUGGAGUUUGAUUGUUGGUUAAUCACCUUGAAGGACUUCAGUAUAUCAAAUUCAUGUCCUGUAUCAAGGAGAUGUCUUGCGAUGGCACUAUUGAAUGCGUUCAGUCCAUUUAAUCUUAAACUUUUCGGAAUAUGUUCUUUGAAUCGGAUGUAGGUUCUCCUUUCUGUUCUACCAAUGUAACUGCUCUGGCAGAUACAUGUAAAUUUGUAUACACAGUUGGUGGUAACAUGAAAGGGAUACCUAUCGACCUUUGAUUGUGUCCAAGAAUAUGUUGUUUUGGACAGGACAAUCAAUUUCGCUGCAGGAUAAGUUCUUGUCAGUGCAGUUUUUAGUCUCAUAUUGAUUGAUCCUGUGACAUCGUCACCUUUGAAUUGAAGUUGAAUAAAAACAGGCUUUUUAUUUGCUGUAAUUUCUUUGGUUUUUUUAUCUUCACGUUUGCCAUAUUUCUCAAUAAAUUUCAGUGGGCAUCCGUUAUUUCUUAAACACUUUUUAACAUUCAUAAUUUCCUCUUCUAUUGUAUCGGCAGUACAUAUUCUUUCUGUUAUGUGAAACGGUGUUUUGACAAGUGCCUUUUUAUAGUUGAUUGGACAAAAGCUGUUGAAAUUGAGAUAAAUACCAUUCCAUGUGUCUUUCUUAUGAACUGAGCGUUGAACUGUACCAUCCUUUCUUCUUUUCAUCGCGAUAUCGAGAAAACGGAAGUUGUUUUCUUUUUCAUGUUCCAUAGUGAAAUGGAUAUUGCAUGUUGUUGAUUAUUACAUACGAUGAAAGCAUCAUCAACAUAGCUCGAAUAAUACGUCAUUUCAUCAAUCGCUCCUUUAAGCUUGGUUCUUUCGAGGUUAGCCAUGAAAAUAUCUGCUAGGACAGGACAUAACGGACUUCCCAUCGCUAUACCGUCGGUUUGUUUGUAUAUGAUAUCGUUGAACUGGAACUGAACAUCUUUUGUACAAAUGAGUAAUAGUUGUUUGAAUUCUGGUACUGGUAGAGGUAGAAUGUCAGAAUGUUGACAAAUUAUGUCUAUGGAUUCAAGAAGUGGUAUUUUUGUAAACCAUGAUGUUACAUCAAAAGAAACCAUAAACUUACCAGUAAUAUUUGUGUGAUUCAUGCUGUCAGCAAAUACAAAUGAAUCCUUUAGUGUGUAGGUGGCUAAUCGUCGACGCACUGGUUCAAACUUAUCUGCCAACCAUCGUGCAACUUUGUGGUAUGGUGAAGUGAUCAUUGACAAAAUAGGUCUAAGGGGAUAACGUUGUUUAUGUGUUUUCGGUAAUCCAUACAUGUGGGGCAAACGAGACCCACGAAGUCGUAGAUUAUUGCGAGUAAAGUUAUCGAUCAUCUUCUUUUUCAGAAGAUCUCUGAGUACUUUGGUGAUUCUUUUUCUCAAUGGAAUCAGUUAAGUCUUUGUUACUUUUUUCUAACUUGAAUCUCAUAUGGUCAUUCAAGAUGGACUUCAUCUUAGAGACAUAGUCUGUUUUGUUCAUUAGAACAACACUUGAGCCUUUGUCUGACCGUAAUAUCAUCAUAUCAUCAUUUCGUCUAAUAUUUCGUAAUGCUGUUUGGUGGUCUUUGGAUAAAAGCUUAGAUUGUGGUGCAGGUGAAACAAGAUAUUGGUUUGCAAUAUCGACUAGUUUAGAUUUAAACCAGCCUUUCUUUUCUUCACUAACUGGGUGCUCUCUUUACAACAUUUCUGUUAAGAUCUUUUUGUCAUUGAAGUUGACCGUUAUCAAAAGAGGCCAAGAUAAUAUUCAAUAGUGUGCUGGCUUGAAGCUAUUCGUAGUGUUGGUUUUCGACAGAUAGUUAAUCUUGAAAGACCUUCAUGCAACACCGCAGUUAUUGACUGGAUUAGGAUCCAUAAAACAACUACUGGACGAGUGAAGUGUAAUUUUUCUUGUGAAGGUACCGUUGGUUUUUAGAAAUAUGACAUCUACUUUCACUACGUUUGCUUCGUAUUAUUCAGUACAAAUAGUAUACAUAAAGUCAGAAAAGAUGAGACAAUACAUCAAUCCAGUUGGGGAGCUCGAAAUCCAAAAUUAACUUGUGACUUUAGUUUUAACUGUAUUUACAGAAACUUUCAAAAGUUCUAGUACGUAUUACUUAGGUCCAUUAAGUUUUGGUGGACUGAAGAUAGGUGCGACGUUCCCAACAACUAACAGCAGAACGGCAUGAUUUACUGAAAAUAAAUACAUCAAGUUUGUCAGCACUAUUACUCCAACGGAGCAGUUUAUUUAAAGAGCGAUAAAUUCUCAGUCGUAUAGUGGUAACCAAUCGGGAGCAACCGUGCACCACAGACUGAAAUUAAUUACUUGCCUACUCUAAAACCGUCUAUGAUUUCGAAUGAACAAUUGAUGAAGCCUGACUAAACAUUGUUUAAAAUAACGAGGAUUAAGUGAACAUAUUCAAAGCAUGAGCUUCAGUACUGAUAUAACUCCAAGCAACGAAUAAAGCAGAGAUAAGGGGGACAUUCUGUUAGAAAAUAAAAGGAAAAUAAUGUGGAAACGUGCCAAAAAUUCUCCUUUUCACCUGUCGUGGGAAAACAAUGUGGAUUUUGUCCUUUUUGUCCCUCUGUGUUUGAAACAUUUCUCAACUGUCUACCCUUCGCGGAACUACACGCCUAAUUGUCUGCUUCUCGCCUAGACAUAAAUGUCCCAAACAACCAAUAAAGGAGAUGAGAGUAAAUAAACGGGAAAAGUCGAUUUUCCCCUGACGUCGAGUAUUUAGGAGAAAUGUUCAUUUUCCCCCCUUACGUUGUGUUUUUUGGGGGAAUUUGUAGACACAUAUAUGUAAAGUACCCUGUUUGAACAUGUCGCUUACUGAACUUAUAUUUUUAUAUAUCUCUUUUGAGGUAUACACUUAACAUGCAAUAAACUACAUGCUGUUCUGAAGAACAUGUCAACAACUAUAUCAGACUUGAUGGACAUGAACAUACCUGAAAACUUGAUAUUGAACUAGAAAGUUUGCAGUUCUCUUUAUCAUCUAAAGAUGGACAGUGAACGUUGAAUGCGUAGCCUUAGCAAGAAGAUAUGAGAGACAAAUUUGUAGGUCUACUAACUUCACUGGAUUAUUACUUCACAUACCAAAUGGCUGUGGCGAUGCAGUUAAUGGAUGAAAUUCCAAAAACGUUAACAUGCUAUAUUAUAUUAUACGUCAAAACACUUGAAGUUGCCAGCCAUUUCACACAAUCUGACACUUCAUAGGAAAGAGCGCCUCAGAAGUGCAAGUUUUACGGCAGCAUACAAAGUGGAAAGUGCUUUUUUCCAAUCAUUAGGCGCACUGACAUCGCUAUUCCUAAUGUUAUCCGUCAACAAAAAACAGUUUGUUAAAGUUUAUGGCAGCGCUUCACAAGUGUUUUCACGACGUGAGAGACAAAAUACAAAAGUUCUAUAGAAAGAAACAAUCGUGUAAACACUAAUUUAAAGUAUUAACUAUUCACUUCUGUUUUAUAGGUGCAGCGUUCAGUAUUAUUGACCAUAUCUGUAAGUCAUCCAUCUGGUCGAUAGUUGUAUGAUAAACCAUGGCAUUUAAACGUCGUUGUAAGUUUUUAUGUCUAUUAAGUUACAGAAGUCACAGGAAUAAGAACAUUACAGUUUAAGGGAGCGUUAUUGUUGAAAUGUAUUCUUAUGUUUGAAUUAAUAUUUAAUGAACCUUUUUCCUACUGAGAUAAAUUUCUGACUAGCAUGUGAAGCACUUGAACCAAUGAAGUGUAUCUUAUUACAGCCAGUUUGAUUUCAUAUGUACUUACCAACUAAAACACAUUCCUAUUUAGUAAUCCAUUACCUGUACCGUCCUAUGCAGAUCUUCAUACAGGAAAUUGAAACUUUUCACUUGCAAUGAAAAUACAUAACGUUCGUCGCCUGGGUAUCUGUCUAUUAUUAAUAUUCUUGUACAGUUCGGUGUACUCAAACAUACUAUACGACGACUGCAAUCGGCUACAUUAGUAAAUGGCACUGUUUCUUGCAAGUAGGUUGUUUGGUACUAACUCUGGGGUGGGUCUAGGCGAUUCCAUUGUUGUUUGUUUUUAAGUGCUCAUUAAAAACGCUGGCUCCAUUCUGUCGACGCUAACUGUGUCAUAUUUAUCUGCUCUUUCCACUGUGACUGUUUUGCUGUCUUUUCAGAUGAUUUUAAAUGGAGUGUCGUAAAGAAUCUGUAUCGACUGUUUUACUUUAUCAUUCCUGACGAAUACAUGUAAGCGAUUGUCUAGUUCAUUAGGUACCAAUGAUCUUGCAUUCCAGGUUCGUGGUUUGAAAGACCCAAGAUACUUCAUCUGUUGUUUCAGUCUCUGUAGACGGUUGGUUAUUUCUGUUGGAGUAUCACUUAAACGAUCACAACAUUCACCUGGCAGGCGUACUGUUGUGUCAUAAACCAAUUCUGCAGCACAGCAACUGAGGUUUUGUCUGAUAGUUGAGAGGAUACUUAACAGUACAAGAGGUAUCCCAUUUGUAACCUUUCCUCGUGGAUGUCAGUGGGACUUCCAGCGGUCAAUGAAACAUUUCUGUCAUUCAGUUAGCUGCCGGAUGAAAGGCUGUGACUCUUUCCCUCCGUAAAAUUAAAGUUUCCGUAAGCUACCGGAAUAGCUUGCUUUCGAACCGCUCUCCACAAUUGUUCGUAAUUUUUGUUGUGACACCAAAGUUUAUAACUCAGUGUUUCACCAAUUUCUUUGCCACAGUUGAUUCUGUCGUCUAUUUUGACUGAACAUACACGGGUUUUCUCAUUAAUCUGUUUAAACAUGUUAAAAAAUGCGUAUACUUAUUGGAGCUUGUCAAUGGCCUAAGGACGUUGAAAUAGAUUUGGUAGAAAAUAGCGCUAGUGGCAGGAAAAACAUGUGAAGGAAUCAUGAUGUUUCUAUAGACUCUCGACUAUUAGCAUUGUAUAUGUUCUCGUGUCCAUUUUCGUAAAUCUUUGUUUAUGCUUGACCAUACAAAUCUGUCUGCAACCAGCUUUACCAUGGUUUUUAUACCUGGUUGAGAUAUACUGUGUAACUUUUCAAAAAGGCUUCAUCUGAUGUAAAAAGAUACCAAGGGGCGAGUUUUACCUAUCGAGAUAUCAUAGGCCAAGGUGUCCUUGUUGUUUAUAAGGAUGUUUAAACAUAAGAAUGUCGUUUCUUUGGGUUGCAGAAAAUUUUCUAACUCCGUACUGAGCUUGUGACUUUGGACUAUGACUUGAUAGGUGAUAUCAAGGGUUGAAAAUAUGGUAGUAUAUAAUCUCGAUAAUGCGUCUUCGUCGUCUUUUUAUGUUUAUAUAACGCACGUUAGUUGAAAAUUUCGAAAUGAAUGCCAGUCAGAGAAUUUUAAGCAGACAAUAUUUGCCAUGAUUAUGUAUCAAGGCUUUGGUCAGAGGUUUAUGGUCAGUAAACAGCAUGAAGGAAUCGCCCUCUAACACGUAUCGGAAGUAUUUGAUGGCCAAUUAGACAGCUAAAAGUUCUCUAUUAAAAGUGCUAUAUUGAAUUCGUGUCACACUUAGGUUAUUCGAGACAAGUACAAAAGACUGCCACUACUGAUUUACACGUCGCUAUAGUACAACACUUACUUUUACAUUAGAAGAGUCGGUUAUUACUGCUGCAUCAACGUUCCUCCAUACAAGCAAUACUUUCAUGCUCAUGGUGUAUUUCCACUGUUCAAAGGCCUGGAUUUCAUGUAGUGUCACUGUUACUGAUUUAGCAAAUUGUCUUUAUAAUUUUGUUAUUGGCCCCACUAUAUUAGCAAACUACGGAAUGAAGCGUAGCGUUUCUUGGGUGAACCAAGUAAAAAACAUUUUUGAUGAAUUGAGUUCACUUGAGAACUGUUUCUGUACCUUAAAUAUCAAGUACAUAGUUUAGGAAGUUGGAGGGCUGUUUUCCAAAUUAAUAUUCGCCAGAAUUAUUAUUGUUAUUGUUCACAAGUUAGCAUACAGAUAUAAUUUCUCUGGUGAUCAUCCUUAUUACAAUGUGUUUCCAAGAGAACCCAUAAUAAAAGACGGUGAAAGUUGUUAAAUUUCGAGACUUUAGUAAGAGUUUUGAAACUUGAUCGAUAAUUGGUACAUCUGGAGAGCCUGACUCGACUUUGACGUUCAACGGAUAAAAUUGGCUCGCUUUUAACAUUUCAAAUUGCGAUGU